CGGCGAGUUCGACUCGGUGAUUUUUUUCCUAGAAAACAAAAAUUCUUCUUACGGAUUGAUUUUGAUUUUCUCUCUUUCGAUUCUAGAUCUAGAAAUCGUGUAGCUGUUUCUUUUUUCUCGAAUUCAAUUUUGAGGUUUGGAGAUGGCGAGCGAGCUGAUCAACCGGCGACACGAGGCGGAUCAACCCAUCGCCGAUGCUUAUUACCCGAAACCAAUCAAACCAUGGUUCAUGGUGACUCGUCCGAUGCGUUACAUGCUCCGUGAACAGAGACUUAUCUUCGUUCUCGUUGGCAUUGCAAUCGCUACUUUGGUUUUCACAAUUUUCCCUCGCUCCACCCAAUCAAACGCAUACUCGGAUCCGUUUUCCGGUUACGGAAUCAGACCCGACGAAUCGUACGUUCCGGCGAUGCAAGCUCAGAGGAAACCUAGCCUCGAGUACCUGAACCGGAUCGGAGCAACAGGCGGGAAAAUCCCACUCGGAUUGAAACGCAAAGGGCUACGAGUCGUUGUCACCGGUGGUGCUGGAUUCGUUGGAUCGCAUCUUGUGGAUCGUUUGAUGGCUAGAGGAGAUACUGUCAUCGUUGUUGACAAUUUCUUCACUGGAAGGAAAGAGAACGUUAUGCACCAUUUCAGUAACCCUAAUUUUGAACUUAUCCGUCACGAUGUUGUUGAGCCGAUUCUUCUUGAGACGAAUGUGGUUGGAACACUGAACAUGCUUGGUUUGGCUAAGCGAGUCGGUGCUAGAUUUCUCCUGACGAGUACCAGUGAGGUUUAUGGCGAUCCUCUGCAGCAUCCUCAGGUCGAGACUUACUGGGGAAACGUUAAUCCAAUUGGUGUUCGUAGUUGCUACGAUGAAGGAAAACGUACGGCAGAGACGUUGACCAUGGACUAUCACAGAGGUGCCAAUGUUGAGGUCAGGAUUGCUAGGAUCUUCAACACCUAUGGUCCAAGAAUGUGUAUAGAUGAUGGGCGUGUUGUCAGCAACUUCGUUGCACAGGCACUAAGGAAAGAACCAUUGACUGUUUACGGUGAUGGGAAGCAGACAAGGAGUUUCCAAUUUGUUUCUGAUCUGGUUGAAGGUUUGAUGAGAUUGAUGGAAGGAGAACAUGUCGGGCCAUUUAACCUCGGUAACCCUGGUGAAUUCACAAUGCUCGAGCUCGCUAAGGUGGUCCAAGAGACGAUUGAUCCAAACGCAAACAUAGAGUUCAGACCAAACACAGAAGACGACCCUCACAAGAGAAAGCCUGACAUCACAAAGGCCAAAGAGCUUUUAGGUUGGGAACCAAAGGUCUCUCUUCGUCAGGGACUGCCUCUCAUGGUCAAAGAUUUCCGUCAACGUGUCUUUGGUGACCAGAGAGAAGGCUCCUCUGCAGCUGCAACCACCACCAAGACAACUUCAGCUUGAGCAAAUGCAGAAUCGAGUAGCAGCCACUGCGGCUGGUAGUGGGUUGAAAACAAAAUUGCAAGACUUUG